AUGGCCUCCCAUCGACGCCAACACAGGGCAGCCGCCACUGAAUGGGAUAAUGUGGAAGGUAUUUUCCUGCGCAACAUCCCGGCAAAGUGUGACGAAGGGAUUUUGCGCACAUUCCUCGAAUCCAAGGGGCUGGUCGAUUUUGAGAUGGAGAUGGCACUCUUUCCGAACGGCAAGUCGCGUGGAUUUGCUACUAUCAUCUGUCGCGACAGGUCUGGGAUACAGGAGUUCGUCCGCAACGUGCACGGCCAGUUCGUUCCCGGCUUUCACAAGCCGACAGCCCUAAGGUGUGAACCGUUGAGAAGCCGCGAACAACAGGGCCAGCCAGUUCGAAUCCCGCAGACUGCUACGAAUCGCCUUGGCGACUGGCCCACACCGCCACUGCAAUCUGCUGGUUAUGAAGGGCCGUUCAGUGUUCCCAAGAGCGGCAUCACGGCAGGGAAAGGUGAAUCCCAGGAUGCGAAGGGCAAGGCUUCGAAGUCGAAGGCUUCGGGCGGGACCAUCCAAGGCGCCGGAGCAGCUGGGGCGCCAGUCGUAGCAAAAUCGACUCCCGUGGAAGCUGGCUGCACCGCCAGCCAGGGGUGCCUGGUUCCCCGCGACAUGCCGCCCAUUGCCGUGGUGCAAAAUUCCGAUGGCACGAUUAGCUUCCGGCUGUAG